CGUGGCCAUCCUUGAGAUCUGAGAAGUUCUGCCGAUUACAAGUCGUCUGUUGAAUCCCAGCUAACAUGUAAGUCAUCAUUUUCAGUUAGUUUGGAGAUCUACUCAAUCCAUCUUAAAUACUCAUGUGAUGUCACUGAAAUUUUUAAAGGUCUAAAAUAAUUCAACAUAUUUUCCGACUCAACAUGUUUAUAUGAAGUUUAGAAACAAAAAUUUCAGUUGUGUUAGAGUGCCAAUGAAAUUCUUGUCUUUGAGAGCCAAUGAAAUACUUGUCUUACAGAGCAAACGAAUUACUUUGUAGUGACAUUUGACAUAAGCUUGACCCAUUGUGAUCAUGGCUGAGUGACCACACAGAAAGUGGUGCACACAGACAAUUGAUCAGACAAAACGAAUGACAACGUGGACAAAUGAUCACACGGUCAAGUGAUCACACGGAAAAAAACCACACGGACUUAUGAACACAUGGGAGAACUGACCACAUGGAAAAGUGGACACGCGGACAAGUGACCACAUGGACAUAGAAUAACACAAAGAAGUGACAACAUGGACAAAUAACUACACAGAUAUGUGAACACAUUGACACGACACCAUACAGAAAUGUGAAACCACAGACAAGUAACAACACAACGAAUGGCAACUUAGACAAAGCACAACAUGGACAAAUGACGACAUGGACAAAUGACGACAUGGAUAAAUGACAACAAGGACAAAUGAAGACACGGACACAUAACCACAUGGACAAAUGACGACAUAGAUAAAAGACGACAUGGAAAAUUGAUGACAUGGACCAAUGAUGACAUGGACGAAUGACGACAUGGACAAAUGACGACAUGGAAAAAUGACGACACGGACAAAUGACGACAUGGACAAAUGACGACAUGGACAAAUGACGACGUGGACAAAUGACGACACGGACAAAUUACGUCAUGGAAAAAUGAUGAAAUUGACAAAUGAAGAACGGACAAAUGACGACAUGGACUAGUUACAACACGGACAGGGCACCAAACGAAUAAAAUGGCCACGCGGAUAGACAACUGAUCUCAAAGACAAAUGACAACAUAGACAACUAGUCUUAUAAACAACUGAUCUUAUAGACAAAUGACAAAAUAGAAAAACAGUCUUAUAGACUACUGAUUUUAGAGACAAAUGAUAAUAUAGAAAUCUGAACUCCAAGACUAGACACAUGAUUCGACAGACAAAUGUCCACAUAGACAACUGAACUCAAAAACUAGAUAAAUGAUCUCACAGACAAAUUAACACAUAGACAACUAAACUCAUAGACUAGUCAAAUGAUCUCAUAGACAAAUGACCACACAGACAACAGAACUCAUUGACAAAUAAAAACAUAGACAAAAGGUCUUAUAGACAACUGAUCUCAUAGACAAAAUACCACGUAGACAACUGAACUCAUAGACUAGAAAAAUGAUCUCACAGACAAAUGGCGACAUCGACAACUAAACUCAUAGACUAGACAAAUUGUCUGAUAGACUAAUGACUACAUAGAAAACUGAACUCAUAGACUUGACAAAUGAUGUAACAGAUUAAUGACCACAUAGACAAUUGAACUCAUAGACUAGACAAAUGAUCUCACCGACAAAUGACCACAUAGACAACUAAACUCAUAGACUAGACAAAUGAUCUGACAGACAAAGGACCACAUAGACAACUGAACUCAGAGAGAACUGAAAUCAUAGUCAACUAAACUCAUAGACUAGACAACUGAUCUCAUAGCAAAUGACCACAUAGACAACUGAACUCAUAGUCUAAACAAAUGAUCUUAUAGACAAAUGACCACACAGACACUUGAACUGAGAGAACUGAACUAUUCGACUACUGAACUCAUAGAAAACUGAACUAUUCGGCUAGUAAACUCAUAGACAACUGAACUAUUCGACUACUGAACUCAUAGACACCUGAACUAUUCGACUACUGAACUCAUAGACAACUGAACUAUUCGACGCUUGAACUCAUUUCAACUUAACUAUUCGACUACUGAACUCAUAUACCACUGAACUAUUCGACUACUAAACUGAUAGACCACUGAAUUAUUCGACGCUUGAACUAAUUUCAACUAAACUAUUCGACCACUGAACUCAUAGACAACUGAACUAUUCGACAACUGAACUCACAGACAACUGAAAAAAAAAUUACUGUCUAUAAUACGAAUAACAUUUAUAUAAGCGUCUAUUACACGUAUCUUGUACAUAUUUUCUACUGAUGGGGAAAAAAAUGACAGGCAAUACAUUGGAUAAUAACUAUUGACACUGGUACAAUGACUGGCAAUACAUUGGAUAAUAACUAGUGACACUGGUACAAUGACUGGCAAUACAUUGGAUAAUAACUAGUGACACUGGUACAAUGACUGGCAAUACAUUGGAUAAUAACUAGUGACACUGGUACAAUGACUGGCAAUACAUUGGAUAAUAACUAGUGACACUGGUACAAUGACUGGCAAUACAUUGGAUAAUAACUAGUGACACUGAUACAAUGACUGGCAAUACAU